UGGAGACGCCGUUGCUGGGUUCACCACGUCCUCUUUCUUCCCCCGCGGGGCGACGGGGAAAAGUAUACGCAAACCAACACCAACUAAACUAAAUAAUCCAUCCAUUCAAAAUCAUAAUUCUUCUUCACUUCCAUUGAUUCUCGUUGUUUCAAAUCCUCCAUUGACGCCCUCUCUCCUUUCCUUCUCCUCGUCUUCCAUUUUCUUCUACUCCCCAACCAACUUUGACCCCCCAUUAUUAUUUUUCAUUUUCUCUUUACAAAAACCUAUAAUACCCCAGGUCUUCUCCUUCUCCCAUGGCCGAAGCUUCCUCCAAAGACGACCUACUUCAGCUGAUCAAGCGCUUUGGGGCUUAUCUCACUCUCAAGAUGUCCAAUUUCUUCCCGAUCUCUCUCCAGAAUCUGGAUUCACGAUCUGUUGGGGCUAUUGCUGGAUUUGCUGUUGCAAUAAUUUUCACAUGGAGACUGUUGAGAUCCUCUAAUGGACAUCAGAGACAACAACCGAAAAGGCAAAUGCCUGCACCAAGUAGUUCUACUUCUAAUGUUGGGUUAAAUUCAAAUGAACAAUCGAUACCUUCUGGAGUCUGUUCAUCUUCAGAGGAUUUAAGAGCACACAAUGUUGUUGACGAAUUCUUCCAGCCAGUCAAGCCAACUCUGGGUCAGAUCGUGAGGCAAAAAUUGAGUGAAGGAAGAAAGGUUACAUGUCGUUUACUUGGAAUAAUUCUAGAGGAAUACAGUCCAGAGGAUCUGCAGAAAAGAGCCACUGUGAGGUCCUCGGUAUUGGAAGUACUGUUGGAGAUAACAAAAUAUUGUGAUCUUUAUCUUAUGGAAACGGUGCUGGAUGAUGAGAGCGAAAAAAGAGUCCUUUCAGCACUCGAAGAUGCAGGAGUUUUCACAUCCGGUGGUCUGGUCAAGGACAAGGUUCUCUUCUGUAGCACCGAGAAUGGGCGAACAUCUUUUGUGCGUCAACUGGAACCCGAUUGGCAUAUAGAUUCCAAUCCUGAAAUCAUUACUCAGUUAGCUAGGUUCAUCAAAUAUCAACUUCAUGUGGCUCCAAUCCGACACGAACGGUCUGCUUCUAACGUUUUCAGCUCUCCAUCCUUGGAACAGUUCUUUGGAAACAUUUAACUUGAAACCAGUUCAAGAAUGGAAUGAAUUUUCAAAUAUAUAUUUUUUUUCCCAUUUUAUUUGGGCUUUGUUGGUUGUAAGUGCAAUGGUUCUCUUUGGGAACUAAGCAAGCUCAGUUUGCACUAGGCCGCCAUUGCUGGUGUUAGAAAAGGUAGAUGUACCAUGUUUUCUUUUUCUUUUUUUUUUCUUUUUUUUUUUUUCUGAAAGAUCUUUUUUCGUGUUGAUCUUGUGCUAUCUUUGACAUAGUAACUUCAUGCCCCAUUAAAAGCUCCUAAUUUAGCUGAUGUAUGUAACUUAUAUAUAUAUUUAUUAGAUCAUAUCAGCCAUGACAAAUACCAUUUGGGUCUCUA